AUGGCGAGCCUUUGGGGUCUGUUGAAGCGCAGCCAAGAGGACGACGAAGAGCCCCAGGCCCCGUCCCACGCCUCCUUCUGCCUGCCGCCCCUGGGGCCCGGUGCCAGCGAGAUGCGAAGUAGCAGCCGCUGCACGGCCUCCUCGCGGCCGCGCUCGCAGUCCUCGACGAGGACGCGGCGCGGUGCUGGAACGCCUUCCACAGCGACACCUCGGACGGAUCUACAUUUGCCACCCAUCUCGCGCAGUUGCACGCCGCACUCCUCGCCCUGGACACCUGCGACGGGCGCCGGUGGUGGUCUGGACCGGGCGAUGUCGGAAGUUUCGACCGUGAGUCCCAGUUCCUGCUACUUGAGCAUGUAUCAGUCGCCCGCUCAUUGUGGCACUCCAGCCCGUCGAACGAGCUGUGGAACUCCACUGCAUCACUGUGGCAGGAGUCCUCACCCAUGCGGGGGAAGCCCGAUCAUGUGGAACGAUGACUUCGCCGAUCACUCCUUGCGGAGCUGGAUGCAUCGGAACCAGGCACCAGAGCUCCUCUGGGAGCUCUUCGUGCUGUACGCCUCGCCUUUGGCCUUCACCCCGAUCGACUUCGAAUCGGAGACCGAUCGUAUUGUGGGCAGUGCGCGUGAUUCAGGGCGCCUGCAGACUGGACAGGUGCGGAUCAGCUUGGGCGCUGCCUCCAGCAGCUCGUUGACGAAGAUGCUCACGCAGAGCCACGCGCGACGCUCCGGCGGGUUGAUCCUCCACCUGGCGGCACAUGGAGAUGAGGCGGGUGGCUUGGUCUUGGAGAACAGCAAAGGCAAUGGCGAAGCCUAUCGCUGCACCCAUGAGAAGUUGAGGCAGAUCCUUCAAAUGGGUGACCGAGGUCUGCGGGGCGUGUCCCUGUUGUUUCUCAGCUCCUGCAGCUCAAAGCAGCUGGCGCAGGUUUUUCUUGAGUGUGGCUGCCAGCAUGUGAUUGCGACCAGCAGUCCGGUGCUGGACGCCACUGCCCGCGCCUUCACGGAGCGCUUCUAUGGGGCCCUCUUCGUGGGAAAGUCCAUCGUCGAGGCCUUUGAGCACACGCGGAAGGCCCUGCUCGCCAGCUCGGUCCGAGAGGUGGCGGAUCAAUCCAAUGUCUAUCAUUUGCUCUCCGCGGAAGGCGUCGGCCAAGUGGUGCCCGACGUCCCCGAGCGGCCAGAGAGGCCUGGGAGCCGGGAGAGUGAGAUCGGAGGUUUUCAGGACGCCUGCAGCUUUCAGGAACAGCUCACCUUCCUCCCUCCAGAGGUGGAAGACUUUUUUCGGCCUCCAGAGAUGCAGCAGGUGAUGAAUGUCCUUCUCAACCGUCGCGCCUGUGCGGUGCACGGCUGCGAGGGCAUCGGGAAGAGCGCGCUGCUGAUCGAGACCGCCCGCUUCGCCGCCAGUCCCGGCAGGCAGUUCUCGGGCAACGUGGUGCAUGUGAGACUCCACGAUCGAAGCAACGCCGUGAAGACCAUCAAGGAAGCCGUGGAUUUCUGUUCAGCCAGGCUGCCGUGCUUCCUGGCCGAGACCCCCGGCGGGCCGAAUGGCCAUGCGCGCUGCAUUAUUUGGCAGCUGCAGCAACUAGAGAGGUUUCGCGGCAAUGCUCCGAUUCUGCUGGUCAUCGAUGACGAAUGCAAUGCUUUGGAGAGAAGGUCCCUACGAGGUCUGCUGGCCGAAGUGCUCCGCAAGACCCAUAAGCUGAGACUCCUGCUGGGCACGUCCCACGCGAGCGACGAGGGCACGAGCGAAGCUCGAGAAGCUCAGGGCCUGCAGGAAUUGGGCUGCAGUAAGGUGGUGACGAUCCGUCUCCACGGCUUAGACCCCGCGACCUCGGUGCGGCUGCUGCUGCGCCGGGUGCAUCGUCCCUUGGAACCCCACGACCUCUUCCCCUUGGAGGCGCUCUCCGAGGGCCGGGCCCGAGCUCAGCUGCGGGAGAAUCGAGAAGUGGCCAAGCUUCUAGUGGGAAGCCAAAUCCUCCAACCGCUGGAGGGCAACCCAGGCUUAAUCCGACAGCUGGGCUCUCGAAUUGUCGAGGGCGGUGCUCCUUUGAGGGACGUCCUGCAGGACAUGCUUUGGAACCGAGCUGAGGUUUCAACGACCAUGAAGGAGCACAUGAAGAAUGAGCUAGCGCCACAGGAACGUGUGGAGGACUUUGAAGACGCCCAAGGGCCAUCAGCUGCCACAUUCAGCCGUGCCAAGUACAAGCUGGACAUUUUUAUGAUGCUAUGCUUUGAUGCCACUGAUCAGAAGAACGAGUUGUUGAUGAUCGAGGAGUACUGCGCAAGGCCCCCUAGCCAAUGCAUCAUGAACUUCAACGUUCAACGAACAGAGAGCAAAGUUGCUGCAGCACCGGAGCUCCCAAUUGAAGAGAUAUGGCAAGAAACUGCACAGAUCUUAGACAGCGAUGCCUUUUCUGGAGUCUUGGUUGAUGAGAUCGAUGCUGUGAUUCGAGAUGAGAACACAUGGCGCUACAUCGCAGUGGCCGCAGACCUAGCUCAAGAAGCCGAUCACGUUGGUUCUUGGUCUGAAGCUUGCCCGUGCCACGGCAACUUCACAGAGCAAUGUCAAGAGGAACAAGUCCAAGCACAAGCAAGGCACAGAAAGCGGAGAAAGCUCCAGCCUCACGGCUUUCUUCCAGUGGGAGGAGAUGUGGGUGGCUGCCCCUUCAAAGGUUGCAGAUCAUACGAGCUGGCAGCGGGCGGUGCAAUGGAAUCAUUGCGGGACAAGAUGAUGCACAACCGGCAAAAGCUUUUGGCUCAUGUUGCAACUGCCCAGGAAGCAGAACGGCAUAAUCUGGCACUGGCGAAUGGAUCCAACAUCGAUGAUUUAGAUGAACGUCUCAAAGCUUCUUAUGCCAAGUGGAUGGGAGCCUUCAGGUUGAAGCACGCGACGAGGGAGAAGGUCCAGACGCUAUGUGAAGCCAUUGAUGACAAGCGUGAACCGCCACAGCCUGACGAGAACCCCGAAAAAAAAGUUCUCAGAAAAGUGAUCGUUUUGGAACAUCUCCAGACAUUGGCCCAGAAUGGCAACAUUUUGAUGUGCAUGCCUAACGUCGGACAAGUGCAAAUGAUCAAGGACCAGCCUCAAGAGGACUUUGACAUCGACCAGCCUUUAGCUGCCAUCAGUUCGGGAGGACCUGGGAUGGUGGGUGCUCAACUGGCAGAUUCAUUUCAUGGACCGGGUUUGGAAUGUUUGGCUUUGUUGCAAGAAGCUACUUGCUGUGGAAACCUGAUUGAGCACCGGCGAUUGGAAACCCUAGAGUCUUUGAGUGGUGGUUUGAAUUUGGAGGCAUUGCUUAUCCGCUUGAAUCAGAGAACGCGUUGGGAACUCCAAUUGGAACUCCUUCACCAGGGCUGGAAAGACAGUCAAAAGACUUCCAAACGCAGACUUGAUCCAGUGACUACUGAAAACUUUCAAACAGAUGAGAAGGUCUAUUACUUUGACAAUCAGCAGCUUGCGAAGGAAUAUUUGGUAUGUCUCUUGCUCCUAGAGCACCUGUUUCAAGCAGGAUUGAAGGAGUUCUAUCACUUCCAAUUGAACAGCUACUAUUGUUUGCUGAUUGACUUGCUUCAGAACCGGCCAGAGAAUCUUGCAUCGGCCAAACCCCACCAGGUCUCUGCCUACUACAAGGAAUUGAUGGUCAUUUGCUUCAGAGAGAGCCAGGUUCCUCCGCCAGAAGCUGAAGUGGAAUCCUCAGAGGUUCUGGAUGCAAGGCUCAAAGAGCUGCAGACCCCUACGCCACCUCCACCAUAG